AUGGCGUCCAGGGUUUUCGGUAAUGGCUGUAGGAGGCUCAUGGCAGCCGCUAAAACGAGCGUUGCCUCCUCCGCCGGAGCUUCCAAAGGUGCAGGUGGUGCGAAGAAGCCUGCUGUUGCUCGCGGGAUCCUGAAGCCGCAGCCCGUUUCCCCUUCGCUUGGACAGUUUCUCGGGGCGUCUGAAGCUUCUCGCACUGAAGCAGUGAAGAAGAUUUGGGACUAUGUUAAGUCCCACAACCUUCAGAAUCCUGAGAACAAGAGAGAGAUUUUUUGUGAUGAAAAGCUGAAGAUGAUCUUCGAGGGCAAGGACACAGUGGGGUUCACAGAGAUAGCUAAGCUGCUGUCGAAGCAUUUCUCGAAGUCUGCUUAG